AUGCUGAAGCCGCUGCACUGCAUUGAGCCAGAGCAGGUCGAGCUAAUUAUGUACAUGUUUGAGAAUGAGGACAAUCUCUGGUGGGACAGCAUCUUAUGGACAGUGCUUGCUGUGUAUGUAUGGACAAGGGAGGCAUUUGAGACCCGCUUCCAUGAGAAGUACUUUCCCCUCAUGUACCAUAAGGAGAAGGAGAGUGACUUCCUUUGCCUCCGUCAGGGAGGGAUGAUUGUGGCAGAGUACGAGAAUAGAUUCACAAAGCUGGCUAGGUACGCUCCUCUGAUACUAGCAAAUGAGCCGAUAAGGAUGCGGCAUUUUUCUGAGGGUCUGCGACCUGAGAUACGUACAAAGAUGUAUUGCGCUAGCAUUCUCAACUAUGCUGAGCUAGUGAACAUGUCUCUACAAGAUGAGUAG